CUUCAGCUUAGGUUCCUACUGUUGUCGUGGCCCCCCUCGGCGUGGCUCUACGCGCUGCGCUCCGGUUAAGCCCGCCGCUCCCUGGCCCAUGUAUUGGAAGCAUGAGAACGCCGCCCCGGCGCUGCCCGAGGGCUGCCGGCUGCCGGCGGAGGGCGGCCGCGCCACCGACCAGGUGAUGGCCCAGCCUGGGUCCGGCUGCAAAGCGAACACCCGAUGCCUUGAGGGAACCGCGCCGCCCACCAUGGCUCAGUCGGACGCCGAGGCUUUGGCAGGCGCUCUGGACAAGGACGAGGGUCGGGCCUCCCCCUGUACACCCAGCACACCGUCUGUCUGCUCUCCACCCUCUGCGGCCUCCUCCGUGCCGUCCACCGGCAAGAAUAUCUGUUCCAGCUGCGGCCUUGAGAUCCUGGACCGGUAUUUGCUCAAGGUCAACAACCUCAUCUGGCACGUGCGGUGCCUCGAGUGCUCCGUGUGUCGUACGUCACUGCGGCAGCAGAACAGCUGCUACAUCAAGAACAAGGAAAUCUUCUGCAAGAUGGACUACUUCAGUCGAUUUGGGACUAAGUGUGCGAGGUGCGGCCGACAGAUCUAUGCCAGCGACUGGGUGCGGAGGGCGCGUGGCAACGCUUAUCACCUGGCCUGCUUCGCCUGUUUCUCCUGCAAGCGCCAGCUGUCCACGGGUGAGGAGUUCGGCUUGGUGGAGGAGAAGGUGCUGUGCCGCAUCCACUACGAUACCAUGAUUGAGAACCUCAAAAGGGCAGCGGAGAACGGUAACGGCCUCACGUUGGAGGGGGCAGUGCCCUCAGAACAGGACAGUCAGCCCAAGCCGGCCAAGCGAGCGCGGACGUCCUUCACUGCUGAACAAUUGCAGGUUAUGCAGGCGCAGUUCGCGCAGGACAACAACCCCGACGCGCAGACACUACAGAAGCUGGCGGACAUGACGGGUCUCAGCCGGAGGGUCAUCCAGGUGUGGUUUCAAAAUUGCCGGGCGCGUCAUAAAAAACACACACCGCAGCACCCUGUACCGCCCUCGGGGGCGCCGUCAUCCCGUCUCCCCUCUGCCCUAUCCGACGACAUCCACUAUUCCCCGUUCAGCAGCCCCGAGCGGGCGCGCAUGGUCACCCUGCAUGGCUACAUUGAGAGUCAGGUACAAUGUGGGCAGGUCCACUGCCGGCUGCCUUACACCGCACCCCCUGUCCACCUCAAAGCGGAUAUGGACGGGCCACUCUCCAACCGGGGUGAGAAGGUCAUCCUUUUUCAGUACUAACGCUGCCGGCAUUUCCGCAUCUGUCCAUGGGCACCACUCAACUGCCCCUCAGCCACUGAAAUCCAGACUCCAAGCUGGGGCCAGGGACUCAUCUGCCCCAGCAUCUACUCCCAUCCUUCAGCCUGCCCACCACCAGCUAGGCCCCCCGGCCUGGCCUUUUCCUCUCCUGCUGAGAACCAGAACCCGCCAGGAGCACUACAGAGUCCUCCCCUCAGAAGGCAGAGCUCCCUGACAUUUGGAAUCAGGGUGAAAACAACAGUCUGUUUUUCCCAUUUAAACAGGAGUCAUCUUUAACUUAAACUGAUUACAAUAGCGAAAAGCAAAGUUGAAUUGUGUGACGCCAACAGUCUUCUAAUUUACAGGUUUUCUU